UCGCUGCGGGUCUCACCUCGGGAAAGCUGCUGGCCAUGAGAGUGUGCGCUGUGCUCUGUGCCCUGGUGCUGUUGACGCGGACGCUGGCGAAGACGCAGGCGGGAUAUCCGGACCGCUCCAUGGAGAUCAGGAAUCCAGACAUCAUUGCUUCCUGGUACACCGGGAGGGGAAUUCGACCGGUGGGCCGUUUUGGCCGUCGGGAGACUGAGAGGAACCGGGGACUGGCCGUUCCCACACACAGAGUGUGCGCUCCCGCCACCAGAAGUGAUGACUGGAUCAGAGACUGA